AUGUAUACUGAUCCAUCUUAUGUUUCUCCUCUUUUUCCUACUUUUGAGGAUUUAUCAUCUUCUUUCAAGAGGUUCAAACCUGGAUUUGUGUAUGAACGACGUCGACCAAUUUUAUCCUAUCCCGACACCGAUCCGCCACCUGAAACUGUACCACAACUAGAAUCUGAGAAUUCUUCAAGAUCUGGUCCUCUUAAGCCUACUCGACGAUCUACCAGAAAAGCAAUGAAGGAAGAACUUUUGGCUCUUAAAGAAAAUGACACAUGGGACAUUGUUUCAUGUCCUUCAAAUGUCCGCCCUAUUGGCUGUAAAUGGGUUUAUUCAAUUAAAUUUCAUUCUGAUGGAUCUCUUAAUCGGUACAAAGCUCGAUUGGUUGUUCUUGGUAACAGACAAGAGUAUGGGGUGAACUAUGAGGAGACUUUUGCACCCGUAGCCAAAAUGACUACGAUGUGA